AGCUUGAUCCGCCUUCUCAAGCUGUCUCUCACUUGGCGCUGCGGUCCCGCCUCUGGAGAGCUCGCCGUGGCGCGGCGGGUGCCUGUGUCUUGCGCUCCAGCCGGUCGUCCCCGGGCUCCGUUCAGGUCCUGGCGGGGUCGCGGGAGCUCCGCGGCCGAGGCACGACUCCCGGCGGCACUCGGAGCCCGGCGCCUCCAGCCCGGGCGGGAACAAUGGAGCCGAAGCUGGUGCCCCGGAGGCGGGGCGGGGGGGAGGGCUCGGGUCCGCCGCCGGGGGUCCCCAGAUCGUGCGCCCCCAGCUCUCCAGAACGCGGCGGCGGCGGCGGCUCCUCACGCUUCUGGCAGCCCGGGUUCCAUCGCCCCUUCCGGGGGGGCCACGGCGUGCAACUGACUGCAGCACUGGUGUGGUGCGCCCCGGGGACCGGAGAAAAGUCCUCCGGCUCCGCUGCUUUUUCCAGCUGCGGCGCGCGCUCGCGGCCGGGAAAGGCGAGGUCGCCGCAAUGCGCUAAGCACAGGGUCCGUCCCAGUCCGGACGUUGCGGCCCAGCUCCCUGCGCAGCCCGGGUCCUCGGCACGCAGCGACUGCACCGGCGUCCCGGCUCCGGUUCGGCGCCACCCGCUGCCGAGGGCCCCGCAACGGUACCCGCAGGAGCGCUCCGAGCGCUGUGCGCCGGCGAGGCGCGAGGGCUCGCUCUCUCACUCCCACCCGGCGCUAGUCCCACCUCCUCCUCCUCCCCCUACAGAUGCCUGCUGGGCCUUGUAGUUCCCAAGCCCCAGCCCGGGAGAAACCCGGAGCCCGGCAGAUCAGCUUUACAGUUUGGGGCUGGCUUGAGUAUCGCCUGGAGGGCGCCCGAAUUUCAGGCCAUGAAUAAAUCAGAAAUUUGGGGAUGAGAGUGUGUGUGUGUGUGUGGGGGGGUGAGUGGAGGGGUGGGGUGGACU